AUGCCUGUACCCACCACCCGCGCAUACAACGAAUUGGACGAGUUCGAACGUCACGUCCACAGCCUAACCGAGGGUCCUCCCCCCUUAGACCCCGACAACAAAACAUGGGACUACUCCCCGCAAGCCUGCAACCUGCGCUUCGAGUCCGCGACUCGUGGUGCCGGGGCCGGGGCCCCCGCACGAUGCUCCUACCUGUUCACCACCGUGCCGGCGCUUUGUAACUUCGCCGGCAACCUGCACGGCGGCUGCGCCGCCACCAUGGUGGACUGCCUCACCUCGGUGCUGAUCCUGGCGCUGUCGAGCCCCGGCCGCUUCUCGACGGCGGGGACCACGCGAAACCUCCACUUGACCUACAUCCGUCCCGUGCCCGUGGGGACGGAGAUGCGGCUGAUCUGCGAGAUGGUCAAUAUGGGCCAGCGGAUGGCGCUGGUGAAGGCGGAGAUCUGUCGCGCGGAGGAUGGCAAGGUCUGUAUUGUGGCGGACCAUGAGAAAGUCAAUUUGGAUGGCUCGUCGAUGUGA